UCUCUACUGCAGAUACUGUCCUAAGGAAUAAGCACAGAUUAGGAAAUACUGGACCUUAUGUUGUAAGGCAGUGUUUUCCAACCAGGGUGCCUCCAGCUGUUGCAAAACUACAACUCCCAGCAUGGCCGGACAUGAAAUGACUGCCAUCAGAAUUAGCUCUAAUGCUAGUCUCUGACUAUUGCUGUCAACUGGUAAAAGCAGCCAAUAGACACCUGGUCCAGUUGCCUAUUUAUACUCAGUUCCCGCCAGUCAACAGAAUCCAGAAAGCGUGGUCGUAUCGGUAUCCAACAUCAGUGCACCAACUGGGUCUAUGGCUCAUCUACUAUGUCAGAGUUAUCGCAUGGUGUGGACACAGGAUAGCCUUAUAGACAGGCAGAGGGUUGUACACUGGGAUCUCUAUAGCAGCAAAGGAGUGUACCGAGGAGAGCGCCUUCUGGACAUGUUCUCUGCUGGGGAACAACGCAUCUACAGCGGCUACAACCAAGGCCGAAUCAUGGUGUCCAAGUCUGCCUUCCAAGAUGGCAAUUUUUCUUUAAUGAUAAAAGGAGUAUCCAUGAGCGACCAGGGACUGUAUUCAUGUAACCUACAUCAUCACUACUGUCACAUUGAUAACACGGUUAGAGUUCAACUGAAUGUCACAAAGUCAGAACGUAAAGUGAGGAUGUACUGGGAUGGAGAAAAGGCUGUUGUUAUUGCUUUGGUUGGAUCUGAUGUGAUGCUGCCAUGUGAGAACUGGGACCACAUCUGGACUGAUCGACAUCGUGAAGAAGACCAGCAAGUAGUACAUUGGGAUCGCCAAGCUCCAGGAAUCCCUCACGACAGAGCAGACCGACUGAUCGACAUGUAUGCUUCAGGGGAGAGACGGUCAUACGGCUCCCUCUUCAUCAGGAGGAAAAUGAACGUGUCGGAUAUGGCUUUUGCUCAUGGGGAUUUCUCACUUCUCAUAUCAGAAUUGACGAAAGGGGAUGAAGGCACUUACUCGUGUCACCUGCACCACCACUACUGUGGGCUCCACGAACGCAGGAUUUUUUACUUAACAGUUUAUGAUCCACCUAAGGAACCUCCAAAAGAAAAGGAACCAGAGACUACAAACAUGGGUUCAGCACCAGCCAAAGAUCACACCGUCAUCCGGGAAAAUAAAGUGAUCAAUGUAAUAAUUCCGGAAAACAGACUUCACUUCUUCCAACAACUCGGAUACAUCCUGGCAACCCUUCUGCUGUUCCUUCUCCUGCUCACAGCUGUGAUCCUCAUCACCCGAAAACAUCGCAGGAAAGGUUAUGCAUACGAUAUGAGCAAAUCUCAAGGGAAAGAUGUGAAUAUGAAGGAAAUUUGUCUGAGACCCCCUGACCUUAUCGAAUACAAAAGGGAAGACGUUCGAAUUGAUUACAAAAAUAACAUACUAAAAGAACGUGCAUCCAUGGAGAGGCCCUUCACGCCAAAGAAUAUUGACUUAGACCUUGAACUUCGCAAGGAAUAUUGUAAAUAGGACUUUCCUCAUGCUACUGGCUGGCUCAGAAGCUCCACCUCCUUUUAGGAAGAGGGCCUUAUUGCUUCCUAUUGUGUCUUCAGUCAACUUGUUUGUUACUUUUGCCUGCGACUCCUUUGUGCGCUACUGUAUAUCCAGAUCACUGCUUCACAUGGCAGCAGCAUUUUUAUAAAGACAUUAAUGAAAGACGUUAAAGAUGGAUUGUACAUGUUGUCCUGCGCCAUUUUCUUCAAUCAGUGGUAGCUUUUAAAAUAUGGAUUUCAAGCAAAUGACAAAAUGUAUGAUGUAGUGUAGUAAUGGCUUGCUGCAAAAGUUUCCUGUAGAGCUACCUUAUAGAAGAAGCAGUAACAUCUUGUGUACAAAACACUACAUUCUGACUUGUCUGAUGGAUUUACACAAAACCAGAAUUUGUGGGAUUGUAAAGGAUUCUGUAUGCCAGUGUUUUCCGUAAGCUCAAUGGGGCUUUUCAGGUACAUACAUACAUAUAUAUACGGCUGGGGGUGUGUGUGCAAAUAUUAAUAAAGACAAAAUAAUAGCAAGUAAAAAAAGUUAUACCUCCCCUGAUCCCCUGCAGGUCUGACAUCAUUCAGUUCCCGCUCAUUACUGCUUAUUUCUGCUUCCCAGACAUGUCGUCUCAGCAGGAACUGCCCUCUCAGCCAAUCACUGGCCACAGUAUUGCCCCAAUUCAGUCAGUAAUUGGCUGAACAGACAGAAAUAGUUCAUCUUGGAUUUAAGAAGAAGCAGUAAUGAGCUGGGACUACGCUAGACCUGGAGCUACAGGGGAUCAGGGGAGGUGAGGAUGGCUUAUUUUGUAUUUUAAUUUUUUUACCAAAAAAGUAUGUCCCCAGAUAAACCCUUUAAUGCAGAGUCUAUAAAAAAAAUUCUAUAAUAACUAAAGAGCUGCUUUUACAGUAUAUGGAAUUCUCCGCAGCAUACUGUGAUUUGCAGAUUCAGUAAGUAGUGAUCUACGCUGCCAUUUUGUAAUAUUAUCUCCUCUUCUCUUUCCAUUUUGAAAGCAUGAACUUAGGAAAGAUGAUAUGUUGACUUACAGGGAAUAGAAGGUGAAAUCAAUUGAGUUGAGCACAACAUCACGGAUAAAGUUAUAGAGAAGUGUAAUAUGUUCCUCCAUUGUGGGGCCAUCAGCGACAUUUCUAUAGAUCAAUGAUCCAAUUGUCUCUCUUUCCAAUCUCUCUACUCAUACCAAGUAUAUUACAUACUCAAACAGAGAAGGGGACACGACGCCCAAAUCAGUAUGUGAAAGUUAAGUGGUGACGGUUAUAAGUUUGUGAUAGAUAAUCUCUUUUUAUAUAAGACUUGGAGACCAUUACCCUGAGUUCUCAUGAAUGGUAAGCUAGCUGGUCUAGCCAAAGCUCAGGUCACAGAUAGACUAAACAUAGUUCUUUAUCUUUUUUGCAUUCCAUUUCCUUUCUAAAGAUGAGUAUAACUGAUAGAUUCACAAAACAAUGGCAAGUUACCCUAUAUAGGGGUUACAAGGCACCAUGACCAACAUAAUAAUCAUAUACAAAGGCAUUCGACACCCAGAUUAAUGGAUCUGGAUGGAAACCAGACUCAUUGGAGAUGUAAUUGACAAAUAUUUUUUUUUAUUGUCCCCUUUUAAGCAAAGAGCUUCUUUUGAUCUGGAGGACUCAGUAGGCCUAUGGAUUAUAUGUUCCUCCAUUCACCUUAUGGUGGUACCCCCGAUAAGUUGUGCUGUCAUACAGUGCCUAAUUAUGACCGCCUUACAAUAUGGUGCCAAAAUAACACCUUCAUACAUUUACCUAAAUAUAUUUUAGGUAAAAGACCAUUUCAGUAAUGGAAAUCUCCAAGCAGUGCUAGAAGGGCUUGGGCAUUCCAAAGAACGCUGCUUCACUUGCUUUUGAUAAUCUUGCUGGGUCUGAGAUUAUGGAAAGGCUCAAAAGGGGGACAGAGCACUACACCAGUGCCCAGAAAUCGGAAAAAGCCUAUGAGAUGGGAAGACCCCCUUAACAUUGGACUUAUCUUAUAGAUCCAGACACAGAUAUCUGCUAUGUAUAAAAACCUUUUAAAAGAAACAGCUAGUUUUAUGGCUUCUUUCUAUGGUCUCUUCCUCCAACCAGCAAAGUUCUGGUUCACGUUAUGUAACCAUAAGUAUUUUUAUGCACCGCUGGUCUGGUGACAUAUUUCUAAUAAUACAAUGUAUUCCUGCAUUAUACAUUGGACUUACAGGUGGAGACCCACAUGUUUCAGAUCUUUUUUUAAGUAUAUAUUUUUAUUAUAUCAUUAUCAGUAUAACAGACAUUAGCAGAAAGUCAACAAAGUAAGAUUUUAAUGUAAAGCAUUUGAACAAUUGCAUUUGUGAGAUUACAAUAGAGACUAUAGUAUGGACAUGUGCUUGAUCUGGAAAUAAACUUUGAU